CCCAGCCAAAAGGCAGACCCAGAGCAAGAGAGGCACAGAAUCCAGCAUCGGUCUCAAGGCAGCCAGUUCACCCCCUGUCUGUCCUCGGAGUCAUGGAGAGAGCCAGUCUGAUCCAGAAGGCCAAGUUGGCAGAGCAGGCAGAACGCUAUGAGGACAUGGCAGCCUUCAUGAAGGGUGCCGUGGAAAAGGGUGAGGAACUCUCCUGUGAGGAGCGAAAUCUGCUCUCCGUGGCCUAUAAGAAUGUGGUGGGCGGCCAGAGAGCGGCCUGGAGGGUCCUGUCCAGCAUCGAACAGAAGAGCAACGAGGAGGGGUCAGAAGAGAAGGGCCCCGAGGUGAAAGAGUACCGGGAGAAGGUAGAGACCGAGCUCCGAGGUGUGUGCGACACCGUGCUGGGCCUGCUGGACUCCCACCUCAUCAAGGAGGCUGGAGAAGCAGAGAGCCGCGUCUUCUACCUGAAGAUGAAGGGUGAUUAUUACCGCUAUCUGGCCGAGGUGGCCACUGGUGAUGACAAGAAGCGCAUCAUCGAUUCUGCCCGGUCGGCCUACCAAGAGGCCAUGGACAUCAGCAAGAAGGAGAUGCCGCCCACCAACCCCAUCCGCCUGGGCCUGGCCCUGAACUUUUCUGUCUUCCACUACGAGAUAGCCAACAGCCCCGAGGAGGCCAUCUCACUGGCCAAGACCACCUUCGACGAGGCCAUGGCUGAUCUGCACACUCUCAACGAGGACUCCUACAAAGACAGCACCCUCAUUAUGCAGCUGCUGAGAGACAACCUGACGCUGUGGACAGCCGACAGUGCUGGGGAAGAGGGUGGAGAGGCUCCAGAGGAGCCCCAGAGCUGAAGCAGUCUGCUCCCUCCCCGCCCCGCCUUGCCCUCCCCAGUCUGCAGAGAGGACUAACAGGGAGUGAGAUCCGGCCCUUCCCAAACCCUGAAUGUUCUGCCACACCCUGAAACGCUCCCUGGAAGGGGUGCAGCCAGGCUGACGAGGGCUGGAGACCCCACUCUUCAUGCAGCUGUCUGGUGGGUGUUCCUAACCCUGCCCACCCCCGCUCUCUGCACCCCAACUUCCUUACACUGCUCCUGAACCUGUCCUCUGCCCUGUGCCUCCUCCUAUACCUGCCGCUUCCAGACCCUAGGAAUCAAGGAGGCUCCCACCACUGCGGCUGAGAACUGGACUGUGGCAAGGGCUGUGAGUGUGUGUGUGUGAGUGUGUGUGAGAGAGAGAAUGAGA